GUCUAGACUAUUACUACAAUGAAACUAUCUAUAAAACCUUUUGUCCGAGAUGGCGUACACCUAUCGGAGUUUUCUGUUGAAGUUGAGGCUAGUGAUACCAUUGAAGGUGUGAGGAAGAAAAUAUACAAAGAAAAGGAAUACAAUCCGAGAUACUAUCCAUCUCAACUGUCACUUUUUAAAAUUUAUGAUGGUAAGUUUAAAACAUUGAAAGAUGGCCAUACACUUUCGUAUUAUGGCAUUCAAAAGGAAGGGACAAUCAUACAUCUAGUACUUCCUCUUCAUAGAUCUAGCAUGAUAAUAUUUUUAAAAACUCUGACUGGUAAAACCAUUACUCUUGAAGUUGAACGCACUGAUAGUAUUGAGAAUGUUAAGAUAAAGAUACAGGAGAAAGAAGGAAUUCCACCUAAUCAACAGAGACUUGUAUUUGAUGGUAGACAAUUGGAAGAUGGUCCUACACUCUCAGAUUAUAGGAUUCAAAAGGAAAGUACAUUACUUUUAUUACUUUGUGUUCAAGGUGGUAUGCAAAUAUUUGUCAAACAAACUCUGACUAAUAAGAUAUUUACUCUUGAAGUUGAACCUUCUGAUACUAUUAAGACUGUUAAAGCAAAGAUACAGAAGGAAUUAGGAGACCCACCUGACUACCAGGAACUCAAGCUUGAUGAUAAACAAUUGGAAGAUGGUCAUACACUCUCGGAUUAUAAGGUUCAAAAGGAAAGUAUGUUAGAAUUAUCACCUCUUCUAGAAGUUAGCAUGAAAAUAUUUGUAAAAGCGUUUACUUUUAAAACUAUUACUCUUGAAGUCAACCGUAGCGAUACAAUUGAGAAUGUUAAAGCAAAGAUACUGCAUGAAAAAGGAAUCCAGCCAGAUCAGCAAAAACUAAUAUUUAAUGGUAAACGAUUAGAAGAUGGUUGUAAACUCUCAAAUUAUUUUAUUCAAAAUGAAGCUACACUUAAUCUUUUGCUACCAGAAGAUAUAAGCAUUAACAUCAAAGUAGUUAAUGGUCAGGUCUUAACCUCUGUUUAUAUUAGUCCUGAUUUGAAUAUCGAGAGUCUUAAAACCAUCAUUGAGACUAAAACUAGCAUUCCUUGUAGUGAACAAAAUUUAAUACUAGCUGGUAAGCAAUUAUCAUUUGGAAGAACUUUCUCAUACUACAAUAUUACAGAAGGAGAUACACUGCACCUUGUACAACGUCAUGCUGAUUGUACAAUAUUUGUUAAAACAGAAACGGGUCAAAUGAUUGCUCUUAAAGUUGAUCCUAAUGAUACAAUUGAGAAUGUGAAAUCGCAAAUACGAGAUAAAGAAAGUAUUGAACUUGAUCAACAGAAACUGUUCACUCGCUAUUGUAAUCAAUUAGAUAAUUCCCUGACACUAUUACAUUACAACAUUGGACAUAAUGCUACUCUAUAUCUUUCCCAUUACCCUAGAGGUGGUGCAAAUAUUUAUAUCAGAACUUUUACUGGUAAGAUGAUAGUUAUUGAAGUCUUACCUACCGAUACUAUUAGCAAUUUGAAGAAAAUGAUAAGAGAUAAAGAAAAAAUAUCACCUGAUAAUCAAACCUUGUUCUAUGCUGGUCGACAACUGGAUGAUGCCUCAACUUUAGCAAACUAUGACAUUCCAAUGGAAAGUAUUUUGCAACUUGUAACUAGUUUUAAUCCUACUAUGAAGGUAUCUGUUAAACUUUUAAGUGGGGAAAAAAUGGAGUUAAAUGUUAAUUUUUCUGAUACAAUUAGUGACAUAAAAGCUAAGAUUGAAGAAAUUCAAGGUAUACCAUGCAAUCGACAGAAAAUAAUGUUUGCUAAGAAGCGACUUGAAGAUGAUUACGUUGAAAAAGUACUUUCCCCUAAUAAGAUUAAAACGCUCAUUGAUCAUAAUAUUACUGAUGGAAGCACAAUGCAUUUGAUAUUCUUAAGAGGUGGCAUGACAAUAUUCAUAAAACUUCCAAGUGGUAGAACAAUUUCUUUUGAAGUUGAUCCUUCUGAUACCAUCAAGACAAUUAAGUAUAAGAUUCAGGAUAAAGAAAAACUCUCACCUAAUCAACAGAGACUCAUAUUUGCUUUUAAAAGAUUGGAAGACCAUUAUACACUCUCAGAUUAUAACAUUCAAAAGGAAGAUACAAUGCAUCUACUUGAUUCAUCUUUACCUAUGCAGAUAUUUGUAAAAGCUAUUAUUGGUGAAACAUUUGCUUUACAAGUUGAUUCUUGUUGUACUAUUGAGACUGUUAAAUAUAUGAUUCUGUAUGAAAAAGGAAUCCCACCUUAUUUGCAAAAACUUCUAUUUGCUAGUAAACGAUUGGAAGAUUGUCAUACACUCUCAUAUUAUAAUAUAAAAAAUCAGAAUACAUUAGAUUUACAAUUUAUUCCUGUUGGACCACAAAGCCAAAUCAAAGAUAUUGAGCCAGAACCAUUGAGUCACUACAAAUUACUUGCCUUUUAUGAACACACUCCAGCCACAAGAAUUUGGAGCGUACACUUUGUUGUUACAGAGAACAAAGUCUAUCACAUUGAAAAAGUAGUAUCUGAGAUGAAUACAAGAUCAUGCAAUAGAGGGGACCCAGAAAUUGUGUUCUCAUUUGAUGAUAAAAAAGAAAUUGUUUUUGAUAUUAAGACAUGCAUUAUUAAUGGGUAGAAACUUUUACCGUUCCAAACACCUUGCAAAGUACAUAAAGCUGAUGUUGAUUACUCUUCUGAUGUUGGAGGUAUUAGUAAAAUAACUUUGCGUGUUGAAGGUCCACCUGAUUCUGAUAGUUUUACUCAUUGCAUUUCUAUUACUGGUACAAGGGAUCCAUUAUUAUCUAUUGCAAUUACUUGUUCAGAUACUUCAUUGCUGUCUCCUAUAAAUCUAGUAAAGGAAGGUGAUGAACCUCCUCCAAAUGUUGAUCCCAGGCUUAGUGAACUAUUGGAAGAAGUUGCUGUUAAAGCUCCCAAGGAUUGGAAAAAAAUUGGCACAAUGCUAGACAUUGAUCAAC